AUGUUCUUUUUGACCUUAAACACGUCCGUCUUUGAAGGAAAUAUGGCCUUUUUUCCUCAUUUUGUGCUCGUUCCUAGCAUCCUUUGCUCAUUAAUUGCUCUUUCGAAGCCUUCUUUCCUCAUUAUGCGCCCUUUCAAAGCCUUCUUUACUCAUUAUGCUCUCUUUCCAAACCUCCUUUCUUCAUAUUGUGCCGUUUCAAAGCCUUAUUUCCUCGUUAUGUGUUCUUUUGAGGACUUGUUUCUUCAUUAUGUGCUAUUUCCAAGCCUUCUUUCCUCAUUACGUGCUCUUUACAAGCAUUUUUUCUCAUUAUGUGCCCAAUCCAAGCCUUCUUUCCUCAUUAUGUGCUCUUUCGAAGCCUUCUUUCCUCAUCAUGUGCUAUUUAAAAGCCGUUUUUUCUCAUUCUGUGCUCUUUCCAAGCCUCUUUUCCUCAUUCUGUGCUCUUUCCAAGCCUUCUUUUCUCAUUGUGUGCCCUUUCCAAGCCUUCUUUCCUCAUUAUGUGCUCUUUCCAAGCCUUCCUUCCUCAUCAUGUGCUCUUUCAAGGCCAUUUUUCCUCAUUCUGCGCUCUUUCCAAUCCUUUUGUCCUCAUUAUGUGAUUUUUCGAAGCCUUCUUUCUUCAUUAUGUACACUUUCGAAGACUUUUUCCUCAUUAUGAGAUCUUUACAAGUCUUUUUUUUCUCAUUGUGUGCUCUUUUCCAGCCUUCUUUCCUCAUUGUGUGCUUUUUCGAAGCAUUCUUUUCUCAUUAUGUGCUAUUUCCAAGCCUUCUUUCCUCAUUCUGUGCUCUUUCGAGGCAUUCUUUUCUUAUUAUAAACAUUUUCCUUAUUCUGUUCUCUUCCCGAGCCUUCGUUCCUCAUUAUGUGCUCUUUCGAAGCCUUUUUUCCUCAUUCUGUGCACUUUCGAAGCAUUCUUUACGCAUUAUGCGCCCUUUCCAAGCCUUCUUUCCUCAUUAUGUUCUCUUUCCAAACCUCCUUUCUUCAUAUUGUGCCGUUUUAAAGACUUAUUUCCUCAUUAUGUGUUCUUUCGCUGACUUGUUUCUUCAUUAUGUGCUAUUUCCAAGCCUUCUUUCCUCAUUACGUGCUCUUUACAAGCAUUUUUUCUCAUUAUGUGCCCAAUCCAAGCCUUCUUUCCUCAUUAUGUGCUCUUUCGAAGCCUUCUUUCCUCAUCAUCCUCUUUUCCUCAUUCUGUGCUCUUUCCAAGCCUUCUUUCCUCAUUGUGUGCCCUUUCCAAGCCUUCUUUCCUCAUUAUGUGCUCUUUCCAAGCCUUCCUUCCUCAUCAUGUGCUCUUUCAAUGCCAUUUUUCCUCAUUCUGUGCUCUUUCCAAGCGUUUUGUCCUCAUUAUGUGAUUUUUCGAAGCCUUCUUUCUUCAUUAUGUACACUUUCGAAGACUUUUUCCUCAUUAUGAGAUCUUUACAAGUCUUUUUUUUCUCAUUGUGUGCUAUUUCCAAGCCUUCUUUCAUCAUUGUGUGCUCUUUCGAGGCAUUCUUUUCUCAUUAUCCUUCUUUCCUCAUUGUGUACUCUUUCGAAGCAUUCUUUUCUCAUUGUGUGCUCUUUCGAAGCAUUCUUUUCUCAUUAUGUGCUUCUCCAAAGCCUUUUUUCCCCAUUAUGUGCUCUUCCAAAUCCUUAUUUCUUCAUUCUGUGCUCUUUUCAAGCUUUUUUCCUCAUUGUGUGCACUUUCUCAGCCUUAUUUCCACAUUGUGUGCUCUUUACAAGAAAUCUUUCCUCAUUUUCUGCUCUUUCCAAGCCUUCUUUCCUCAUUGUGUGCUCUUUCGCAGCCUUCUUUUCUAA